UUGGCCUCGACCGUCUUCUCCUUCUCUUCAACCUUCAUGUUCUCAUACGCGCUAGCCAGUGCUUCAUCAUACUUUCACCUACCAAUCGACGAGGACGAGGACAGGGACAUCGAGACCUAUGAGCGCAAGUGCUUGACAUGGGUGGCGGAGCCUAGCUCGUGUGGGGUGGCCGCUGCAGAGGCUGCGAUCCCUUCUACACCUCGCACUGCAGCGGCACCCUUAUCACGCAAGCCGGACAGCGCGUUGAUAAAACGCAUCCUUGCCACCGAUGAUCUGUACGAUAUAUUGGGCGUGGAGAACACACCCUCUCUCGACCGCACUUCCCUCCGUCGCGCGUACCUGACCCGCUCCAAAGCAUGCCAUCCAGACAAAUUCCCCAACAGCCCUGAGGCUACACUCGCAUUCCAGAAGGUCGCCACCGCGUACGACAUUCUCAGCAAGCCAGCCUCGAAACGCAUGUACGAUAACCGCACCUCCACCUCCUUCGACUUCUGGGCCGCGCACCCGCCCCCCAACGCGGAAGAGACGUUCCGGAGCGUCGUCAUUGGCAUACUGAACGACUUCCUGGACGGGGACCUGGAGGUCAUCCGGACGCUGCUGAAAGCCGUCAACGAUUUGAACCCGGCUUUGCGGCUGGGCGACGAUGGGAUCAACAUGCUGCUGGAGAGCGUGCGCGAGCGUGCAUUGACAUGUCGUACCUGUGUCUACGCCCUUCAAGACGAGCUCGCGCAUCUGUCUGAGCUGCAGCAGGAAUUCCGGAAGAUGUCAUACUUCAAUAUCACUGGAAGGACGCGCGUAACGAUCCAGCUCACGCGGCUGACGCUGAGUCUGCCCGUCGUACUCGAGCGCGCUGUUCUGCAGCAGGACCCGUCGUAUGACCCCGACGCGCCUUCGCACCGCGCCAUCCUCCCACGGACUGUUUCGAGUCUUAUUCGCCGCGUUGAUUAUAUAUUGGACAAGAUGGAGCGCAUGGUUAAGUGAUUCAUCUGCUCCCCAUUUUUAUCCCUUUCCUCCAGUUCUCCCCUUGCUUGCCGUAGGGUCUGGUACCUGCCGCUUUUGCUCCCUCUAAUGGGAACUGUCUCUGCGGAUCGGCUUGCUGAAAAUUGGCUCAUGUGUUUAUAUGCUCCUUAUACUUAGAUUGGUCUACAUUGCUCUCCUUCAUUAGACGUUUUACAGGUUAUAUUUCCCACCUACCUACCUCUGUACGCUACCGUGUAACAUUAUUUGCACCAUCCUAUACGACCAUGGAAUACUAGAUCAUGCCCUCAAG